UUGCGCAAUUACGCGCGUGCGCGGAGGGAUCGCCGUUGGGGCAGCAGCGGGUACGAGCUUCGGUUGCGCUGAGGGUCGAGCAGCGUCACGCGGGUCAGGCUCUCUCCACCUCCUCCCUCCUCCGGGGACUCUGCGCCGCCGCCGCGCCGGCAGCAGCAUUAUUUUGGAAUGGCAGACUCGACAAGAAAUGGCCCUCAGGGCGGUAUCUUGCAAUACAUGAUGGGUAACAAACUGGAGGCUGCCAUGUGGCUUUCUCGGAUUUUCACAAUUUAUUGUUCCAUCUUGUUCAUAUUUCCUUUUAUGGGGUUAUAUGAAGCAGCCAGUUUUUACCAACGUGCUUUGCUGGCAAAUGCCCUUACGAGUGCACUUCGAUUGCAUCAACGUUUACCUCACUUCCAAUUGAGCCGUGCUUUUCUGAAUCAGGCCCUGCUAGAGGACAGCUGCCACUAUCUCCUUUUCUCAUUAAUCUUUGUCAACUCUUAUCCAGUUACAAUGAGUAUUUUUCCUGUGUUUCUAUUUUCUCUGUUACAUGCUACAGCCUAUACAAAGAAAAUUUUGGAUAUCCUGGGUUCAGGCAGUUUGGCUUUUUUGAGGAACAUGUUGGAUAAAAUUUCAGCCAAUCAGCAGAAUAUUUUGAAGUUUAUUGCUUGCAAUGAAAUUUUUCUGAUGCCAGCCACAGUCUUCAUGCUCUUAAGCGGCCAAGGAAGUUUGUUACAGCCUUUCAUUUACUACAGAUUUCUUGCACUCCGAUACUCUUCUCACAGAAACCCCUAUUGCCGAACUCUCUUUUCAGAACUGAAAUUACUGUUGGAACAUUUAAUCAUGAAACCUGUCUGCCCUGGAUUUUUGCGAAAUAUGUGUCUUAAUUGCAUUUCCUUUGUAAGUCGAUUGGCUCCCACCGCAAAUUGACGUGAAAACAAUGCAUCCUCUGUGAAAGAUAAAUAAACAUACUGAGCAACUGAUUAAUGUUACAGGCUGUCAGCCUAGAUAUAUUCCAAAUGCUUGUUUUUUUUUUAGAAUCCCAUUCAUAUGAGAUUUUAUCUUUGAACAAAAUUUGUUAAACUCAAUUUCAAUUUUUGGUUAAAUUAUCUAAUUGAAAUGGUUGGCUAAGGUAUUGAAAAACUAGGAUGUUCGUAUGGAUUUUAAUUUUUAACUGAUGUAAUAAUGGUGAAAUAAAUGUUUACUUUUAGUUAUUAGAGGGAAAAUGGAAAAAUGGCACUGAAGGUAAUUGGUCUUGAUGUGCACUUGUUUGAAUGUUCACGAUCUUAGAUUUUGUUGUCUGUACCCAAAACUUUGUAUUUUGAUUAAUAUAUAGGGUAUCCAAUUCAUUAAAUGGAUAGAUUACACGUCAGACACUGCAUCCUGAAGUGUUAUGUGAAAUCAAACACAAAUAAAAUGUCAUUGUUUGUCCGUUUACACUGUAAAAUGUCUGUUUCCCACUCAAUCAGAAUACCCAAUGAAUAAGUUUAUUAGAAAAAUGUUGAGGCGGCUCAAAUUAAUCAGACUGCAUUUAAAUGGAGGUAAAUAUUAGCUCCAAUAAGGAUAAACCUCAAUGUGGCAGAAAAGAUAUUUAAUGCUCACUGGGAUAUGAGCAUUUCUUAAAUGUGUUUCACACUGCAUAAAAGGAUCUAAUGUCGAUUUUAUAACAGGUUUUCGAUAUUUGAAUGAUGUAUAUUUAAGGCAUGUAACUAUUACCAGCAAUUUGCACUGAAAUAAUUGCAUUCUAGUUGUCAAAAUUUAAUCCUUUCUACGAGAACCUGUAUUGGUACAGAAUGUUCACAAUAAUGAAAUACAAGCUAAAUUAGCUAGAAAAUUAAAAAAAUAUGUUUUUUUAAGAUGUGUUUAAAAAUUCAUACAUAGCAAAUCAAAUAUUUAUGUAACCAAUUUCCCAUUCCAACCAAUGCAAGACAGACUGAUGCUGUUAUGUAGUGUUGGUGUUUUUUUUUUUGUUUCUGUUCUGUCAACCAAGAUGUGGUAUGUAUUGGGAAUUUUAUUGACUGAAGUUCCUGUACCUAAUAAAGCAUAACAUUGAAAUGGC